AAUGAACAACUCAGAGUUUACAAUCGAAAACAAUAUACUCAAAGGUAAAGAGAUUCCUUGUACCGAUUUCGAAUACGGUAGUGUCGGAGAAAUGAUACUAUCCAGACUGAAAAGUGAUCCAGAUUUCGUGGGACAAAUUGAUGGUACCACCGGUGAUAAACAAACCUACGAACAAAUGCUAGACAGAAGUGUCAGGUGUGCCUUGUGGAUGAAGACACAGGGUUUGCUCCCAGGGGACGUCGUGGCAAUUUGUUGUGACAAUCGGUUGGAUGUUGCAAUGCCAUGUUUUGCAGCCCUCUAUCUCGGAGCUAUAUUUAACCCAUUGGACACUGAAAUGAGCGCAAAGGAAUUUCGUAUAAUAAUGACUAUCAUGAAACCAAAAAUGGCGUUCGUGAACGAAGCAUCAGCCGUGGCUGUCGCUCAAGCGGCGAAAGAAGCGAAUCUCGACAUGAAAAUUGUAGUUUUCGGUCGAGUUUCCAGCUUUCCCACAUUCGAAACCAUAAUCGCUGAACCAGGAAUCAACGAAGUUCAAGACUUUCGGUGCACAGCGAUUGCAAAUCCUAACGAGACUGCAAUAAUUAUGUGUACAUCUGGAACUACAGGCUUUCCAAAAGGUGUUGCAUUAGCCCACACCGUUAUCCUCAGGAAAUUACAGCAGGGUGGUCGUUCAGCAUUUAAUAAUCCAGAAAUUGUAUUCUUCACGCCGAUAGUAUGGAUCACUGGGUUAUUGGCCAUGCUUUUACCUGUGGGUAACAAAUCAACUAGGAUCGUACCACCAACAUUCGAAGAGUACACAGUAUGCGAGCUUCUCGAAAGACUCAAAGUAAGUUAUUCAAAAUUUUCGACAACCAUGAUCAACAGACUAUUGAAAUCCGACGCUUCGAACAAGUACGAUCUCUCCAGUAUUAAAUCUGUCAUUUGUGGUGGAGAAAACCCUUUAACUACGUCUCGGAAUGCAUUUGCUAAAAAAUUACCAGGUGCUUCCUUCAAAGUGGGCUAUGGCAUGACAGAACUAGGAGGUAGUACAUCGACGCAAUCAAACAACGCCAAACCCGGAUCGUCACCCGGAUCGUCUGGCCGCAUCUUAACCAAUUGCCAGCUCAAAGUGGUCAACCCAGACACAGACAAAGUACUGGGAACCAAUCAGCUGGGUGAACUAUUGUGGAAGACUGACACCAUGAUGAACUGUUACUAUAACGAUCCAGAUGCUACAGCCGCAACCAUCGACGAAGAAGGAUGGUUGCACUCGGGAGAUCUUGGAUACUACGACGAGGACGGGGAAGUCUUCGUGGUAGAUAGGCUGAAAGAACUGAUUAAAUACCGGGGGCAUCUCAUAUCUUCGGUUGAAAUCGAGAGUGUGCUUUUGUCUCACCCUAGCGUCAAAGAGGUGGCGGUCGUCGGCUUGCCUCAUCCUGUGGACGGCGAACAUCCUAUUGCUUUUGUAGUUAGAACGGAGUCUUCUCUCACCGGGAAAGAGGUUACAGAACAGGAAUUGAUUGAUUUCGUGGGGACAGAAAUGGCCGACAGCACACGUCUGCAGGGCGGAGUAAAAUUCCUGGACCACCUGCCGAAAACACCGUCAAAUAAAAUUCGACGCGGAUAUGUACGAGACUUAGCGAGAUCUAUGGCAACAACGUGAUGAUCAGCUGCAAAUUUUCUCGUAUCCAAGAGCAGUUAGUUAAGGAAUAAGUUUGUAGGAUAGUUACAUUUUAACUGUUAAACACUUUUACGUGCCCUAAGCAAACUCUCACUGAACCAUUUCAUCCAAUACAUCGA